AAAUAAGAUAAGUACUGCUCCAGUAAUAGAAAGUAUAUACUACUAUUUAAUUAUGAAACAACAAUAGUGUUGUAGCCGUUUUUGUAUAUCACAUGAAGGAGAGGACGCGCCCUCCCCGGACAUGACCCGGGAGGUGCGGUCUCUUGUCCAGGAAGAAAUACAUGAAGACAAGGAAGGGGAAGGACGCGUCUCCCCGCGAAGGACGCGCCCUUUGACUUAAGAAGUGGCAUAAUUAUGAAAUGAAUGAUAAUUGAGUGAGUCUCCGUGACGACCCUUCCGAGGGAUAUGAAGACUAGUUACCAAGCUCAUUUGGUAGUUAUCAGGCUCAUCUGAUAGUUCCCGGGCUCAUCCGGGCAUGAUCUACAAUCCUCAAUCCUGCUAUCUGCCGAGUUAACCCUCGUGUGGGGGCUUGAGGUGAUCAUGGUUCUUGAAGGCCCUCCGGGGUAAUGUGAAGGCCGAUCAUAUGUCUGAAUCCUGUAUUCUGGUGAGUUAGCCCUCAUUGGGGGAUUGAGACGAUCGUGUAAGUUGGCUCCUUGUCUACCUUGUCUGAAGAUGAAGACCUCACCGGGAGGUGAGGACAUGUCCCUGCACCUCGAGGGGUUGGUCAUGGCUUGCCCAGAUAACUUCUCCGUAAGAGUCGUGGUAGAUGCUAUCUCUCGUAGUGGAGAUAUCGUUGAAUCCGUGAUCUAUUUGGAUUAGGAGUCUGAGGUGGUCAUACUCAAGACUAAUUCUAACAGGAGUAGGACUCUCCAGGAUGGGCCUUCGGCCUAUCUCCGACCUUAUCACCAAGAGGCCUAGUCCUGAUCAAACUAGGACUCCUGGUUCCAUAGAACUACGUAUGGCUUGAUCCCCUAUAUAAAGGGGUACGUAGGCACAUCAGGGGGAUAUAUCGAGAGUUGUGAGAACGAGAGCAGAAAUAUAUUCCCUUGAUCUCAGCCACCCUCAAACACUUAAAACCACCGCCCACGGCGAAUCUCUGUCAUACAAUCACCGUGAAACACCUUAUUCCGGCAACGAACCUCACGUUUGUUGAUUCACCAAAUUCCUCUAUCAACAAAUUGGCGCUAGAAGGAGGGGACUAGGUGAAAUCUCGAAGAGGAAGAGAUGGCCAAUCACGAUGAUGACCCGUACGAAGGAGAUUACUAUGUUGAAGAUGAACAAGUAGAACCAUACUCACCGGAGCACAUACAGGACCCCCGCACUUUGCCGAACAACCCACCCCCGGUUGUAGUCAGUAACACGGAGCUCCUUAGUGCCCUCCACCGGAUGGAGCAAAGUCAAGCGAGGUAUGAUGCAAGGUUGGAUACCAUGGAGUCUGUACUCGAAGAACUCGUCCCCAGACACUCGCGUCAUUCCAAAAGCCAUGGUAGGAGAGGACGUAGACGCUUCAGACGACCAACCCCCCGAAUGUUGGAGUACGGAGAUGCGCCUCCCAACGCUAACCUCCCACCAGGAGCCAUAAUAAGCCAGGGAGUCUAUGACGCAAACGGCGCGCCCCUGGACGUGACCACGCCUCCCGCACAAACAGGAGGGACGGGACAAGAGACGGUCAACCAAAACGCAGACGCCCGACCCUUGGCUGAAAGAUUAGGGAUCACCCCGGACAGCCUCGCUAUAAUUGUGCGAAUGGCAGAGCAGGAGCAGAGGAGACCCUCCCAGGGAAACGGUGCGCCCCUACGUCCUCAAGGGAACGACGCGCCCCCUGAGGCAAGACGUGAAGCAGGAACGGGCAGGACAUACCGAGGAGUGCGAGGAAGGGGAGGAGGCCUCAUACCAAACUCAAAGGGAAGGCGUCGAGGGGGACCCUUGAUAGAGUACCUCCCUUCGCAAAGUGACUCGAGCCAACACACUCCGCACCCAAGAACCACGGGAAGGACGCGCCCCCUUGGCAAUCAAGGAGACGCACCUCCCCGAGGCCCGCCUACUGCCAAUCAACAAACUACGUCACCUCCAAUCAUAACUACUGUCAAUCAGCAGACCACGUCACCUCCAAUCAUGACUACUGCUAAUCAACAAGCCACGUCAACUCCGCCCAUUCCCACUCUGCAGCAAACUAUUCCUGUGUCCACUACACCUACUCCCCCAACACAAACGCUCACCCAAAUCGUCCAACCAACUGCUACCCAGACUCUAGCCAACAACGUGCUUCAGACCACGGUGGCCAACACAAACCUGGCAACUACCACUGCUACCCCUCCGGUAAACACCCAGACCAUUCCAGGAGUCGGAACGAUCAACCCCGAAGACCUGAAGAAGUUGCUAGCCCUUCUGCAAGCCAGCGCUGCCACAACGGCACCACAGAUCUCGUCACCAUUUACCGCAGCAGUCCGCGACGCCCAGCUACCAACCGGUUUCAGAAACUUGAAUGCAGAUCUCCGCUAUCACGGGAACGCCGACCCUCGCGAAUUCUUGAUCAGAUUCAACAUUGAAAUGGACUUAUAUCAGAUCCCCGACCUGGUCAGGUGUAGGUUCCUAGCAGCAACCCUGAGGGACAGUGCUCAACAAUGGUUUCAAAAGUUGGGAGGAGGAGUCAUCUCCUCUUGGGAAGGCAUGCAGCAGAUGUUCAUGACACAAUUCCAAGCCGCAACCAAAUACGCUCCACCCGUUACUACACUCGCCAAUGUCAAGCAGCGUGACAAUGAAACUUUGACUGCAUACUUCAAGAGGUUUAACCAGGAAUCUAUGGGAGUGAAGGGAGCCUCAGAUGAAACCUUGAAGAACUUCCUUAUCGCUGGACUCAAGGUUGGCACCGACUUCUGGAAGCACCUCCAAGGGAAGGACCCGGCCUCUCUGUCCGAGCUAUACUCCGCAGCCGAAUCCUUCAAAAAGGUGGAGCAGUCGCUGGCCGAAAAUCAAAAGGAGAUCGCCAAAUCUAAAUACAAAAGAAAAGAUCGCACUCCCAGUCCAGAACCAAGAGGACGCGCCCGCUCUCCGGGUAGGGUAAAUAUGACUUCGAGCAAAAGGACUUGGAGUCCUCCUCCGAGACAGUCAGGAGUAUAUACCCCGCUAACAGCCUCAGCUGAACACGUCUAUGCGAUGACCAAGGAUAAGGUGCCGUUCCAGAAACCUCAACCUAUUCCCCAACAUAUAGCCAAAGACAAAAAGAAGUAUUGUGACUUCCACGAAUCAGCAGGACAUAGCACCUCCGAGUGUCGGCAUCUGAAAGAGGAAAUCGAAUAUCUACUCAAAGAAGGAUACCUAACGGAAUGGGUAAAAAAGUACAGGACAGACCACCCUCCGGAAAGACGCGGCCUUGGUGCUUCGCAGAAUGACAGAACUGAUGAAAAGCAGAACGAUACCCAGUUUGUAAGAGAAGGCAGCAUCAGGAGCAUAUUUGGGGGACCCUACAUAGGGGGAGGCAGUCGAAAGGCAAUGGAGAGAUAUGCUAAGGAAGCGAAGGACUACCCUCUUACCAACGUGAACCAUCUGUCGGCCAGAGCCCCACGAGUAUUUAAGGAAGAAACUAUGGACAUCACUUUUACGGAGGACGAUGCGAGGUGGGUACACCAUCCCCAUAACGACGCUUUGGUGGUCGCCAUGCGUAUCGCCGCCCUAAACAUUCACCGAGUGUUUGUCGACAAUGGAAGUUCGGUCAACAUCCUCUACUACGACACUUACAAGAAAAUGGGAUUACCAGACAAGGACAUGACUGUGGAGAACCUCUACAUAUAUGGCUUCGGGGGAGAGGCCAUCAAAGCCAAAGGAACCAUACGCUUGCCAAUCACCUUAGGAGAGGCUCCACGUGCAGCAACUCAAAUUGCCGAGUUUGUGAUCAUCGACCAUCCCUCGGCGCAUAAUGCACUUAUGGGACGCCCCCUCUUGAAAGACAUGAGGAUAAUCACCUCCAUUUACCAUCUUACCUUGAAGUUCCCCACUCCUGGAGGAGUCGGCUGUGUGAAGGGGUCCCAGUAUGAAUCUCGCGAUUGCUACGGCCGGUCACUUAAAAAUUUUCGAGAUAGGAGGGGAGUGCCGCCCCACGAGGAACUACACUCGGUCCACGUUCUCUACCUCGUUCAAUAUCCAGAAAGCGACAAUGAAGACACGCCCAGCAUCCCACUACUCGGGGGACGCGUCCCUCACAAGGGCGAGCCCACUCUCAUCGAUGACUCGACAUCUGAAGAGUGUGAAGAACUGGUUAUCGAAAUAGAAGAGGCACCUCUGAAAAAAGUCAGGAGGAUGGAUCCACAGGAGGUUGUCAUGGAAUUAGAGGAGCCUUCUCCUCCCAAAAAAGUUUCUAAGGACGCGUCCUCAGAACCAAGGGAAACCCCGCACCAGUUCGACUUCGACUUAGACCCAAGAUUACCCAUGCAAGUGCAAAACACAGGGCCGGCUGAGGAUACGAUCGAUGUGCAAGUUACACCGGGGAGUGAUGGCAAGGUCCUGAAGAUAGGAUCCAAACUAGGUCCGGAGAUAAGGAGCAAGCUGAUAGAAUUCCUUACGAAUAGCCUCGACGUAUUUGCUUGGAGCCACGAAGAUAUGGUAGGGAUAGACUCGGCAGUUAUGUGCCAUCACCUGAAUGUCGACCCCUCUAAAAAAGGUGCUAGACAAAAGAGAAGACCCAUCAGCGGAGAAAGAGCCGAGGCCCUGCAGGAGGAAGUCGAUCGCCUCUUGAAAGCAGGAUUGGUAAAGGAAUCGUUCUACCCGAAAUGGCUAGCAAAUCCCGUACUUGUUAAGAAACCCAACGGGAAAUGGCGCACAUGCAUAGAUUUCACGGAUCUCAACAAGGCGUGUCCUAAAGAUAGUUUCCCGCUCCCUCGCAUUGACCAACUAGUAGAUUCAACGGCAGGACACGCCCUCCUCAGCUUUAUGGAUGCCUACUCGGGAUACAAUCAGAUUCCCAUGUAUGAGCCUGACCAGGAGCACACUUCCUUCAUCACGGACAGGGGGCUAUAUUGCUAUAUUGGUAUGCCAUUUGGGCUUAUUAACGCAGGGGCGACUUAUCAGCGAUUGGUGAACAUGAUGUUCAAGGAUCAGAUUGGGAAAACAAUGGAAGUAUACGUGGACGACAUGCUGGUUAAAUCCAAGAAGGACACUGACCAUGUUGCCCACUUGUCAGAGAUGUUCGAAAUCUUAAGGAAAUACAGGAUGAAGCUCAACCCGCAGAAGUGCGUGUUUGGGGUAGAGUCAGGGAAAUUCCUUGGUUUUAUGGUUAACCACAGAGGCAUAGAGGCCAACCCAGCAAAGAUCAAGGCAUUACUAGACAUGAAGUCCCCAGCCAACGUUAAGCAAGUGCAGAGUCUGACAGGAAGGAUAGCCGCCUUAAACAGGUUCGUGUCGAAAUCCUCGGAGAAAUGCAAGGAGUUCUUCAAGGCCAUCAAAAGCGCAUCCAAAGAUUUCGAAUGGACAGAGGAGUGCGAGGACGCCUUCAUAAAAAUUAAGAAACAUUUGGGCGAGCCACCCCUCUUAGCCAAACCUCAGGAAGGAGAGACGCUUGUCCUUUACUUAGCCGUUUCAGACUACUCCAUAAGUGCUGUAUUGGUAAAAGAAGAUGAGGAGGGGCAGUCCCCAAUCUACUACGUAAGCAAGCGGCUGCUGGAUGCAGAGACUCGUUACACAAGCAUGGAGAAGCUGGUAUACGCCUUGGUACAUGCAACUAGGAAACUGCGACCAUACUUCCAGGCUCAUAAAGUGGAGGUUAGGACGGCGUACCCCCUCCGACAAAUCAUGCAUAAACCAGAGGUAACCGGUAGAAUGAUGAAGUGGGCAGUCGAGUUGGGGCAAUUUGACCUAGAUUACAAACCAAGAACCGCCAUCAAAGGACAGGCACUAGCAGAUUUUAUCUUGGAAUUCCCGGAAGAUGGAGAGGAGUCUGGUCUCCUGAUCAAAUAUGAUCCCAACCUACCACCUCAGCAGGCAUGCCCUAAGGAAAGCAUACCCGAACUCUGGUGGAUAUUGCAUACAGAUGGAGCAGUGAAUAAUGAAGGAGCAGGAGCUGGGAUAGUGCUCGUAAGUCCGGAAGGACAUAGACUCUUGAACGCAACUCACUUUACCUUCCAGCUCUCGAACAAUGACGCAGAGUAUGAAGCCCUGAUCGGAGGGCUCAGGCUUGCCCUUGAAAUGAAGGUAAGAAAGCUUGUUAUAAAGGUCGACUCCAUGCUGGUGGUUGAGCACAUCAGAGGAGGAUACCAAGCAAAGGGACCCAAGACGGCGAUAUAUCUCAGAUGUGUUCAGGGAUUAAUAGAUCAGUUCGAAGAGGUGCAAGUAAACAGGGUACCCAGAGAAUUCAACGGGGAUGCCGAUGCUCUCGCAAAGUUAGCGUCUCAGAAAGAUCCGGCCCUAUUGGGAGUUAUCCGCCUAGAGAUACAGGAGGUACCUAGCAUCCCCGAGCUUGAGGUAACGGAAAUACAAGGCAAGAAUGGAGAUUCAACGUGGAUGACCCCGAUCUGGAAAUACAUCAAGGAGGGUACGCUGCCCGAAGAUAAAGCUGAAGCCCGAAAGUUAAAAUACAAGGCUGCCAGAUAUGUGGAAUAUGAUGGGAAGCUGUAUAAAAGAGGCUUCAAUCAGCCCCUUCUCAAAUGCGUAGAUGGGGAGGAGUGCACUUACGUGAUGAGGGAGGUCCACGAAGGCAUAUGUGGGAACCACUCGGGAGGUAACUCAUUGGCCAUGAAGAUCUUGAGGCAAGGGUACUACUGGCCAACCUUGAGGAGUGAUGCUUUCAAUUUCGCCAGAGCAUGUGACAAAUGCCAACGAUUCGCCAACUUCACCAACAGCCCAGCCACGUCCCUCACCACCAUGACUAGUCCUUGGCCCUUCGCUAUGUGGGGGAUAGACUUGAUCGGAGAACUCCCAAAAGCCAAGGGAGGAGUGAAGUAUGCAGUGGUUGCGGUCGACUACUUCACCAAAUGGGCAGAGGCCGUACCCUUGGCCACCAUCACAGCCAAGAAAAUAACAGACUUUGUGUUUAACUCUAUUGUUUGCAGGUUUGGAGUCCCUUACAAGCUGAUCUCGGAUAAUGGAAAGCAGUUCGACAGCAAAGAGCUAAGAGGCCUAUGUGAAAAUCUCGGAAUCAAGAAAGAUUUUGCGGCAGUGUACCAUCCCCAAAGCAACGGGCAGACGGAGGCGGUCAACAAAAUCAUCAAGCAUACUCUAAAGACAAAGUUGGAAGAUAGCAAAGGGAAUUGGCCGGAAGAACUCCCCAUGGUCCUAUGGUCUUACAACACAACCCCUAGGACAACGACCGGGGAGUCGCCCUUCGUCCUAUCUUAUGGGUGCGAGGCCAUGGUCCCAAUUGAGAUUGGAGCAGGAUCGUUCAGGAGAGACUACUUCGACCAACUGGAUAAUGAUGCAAGUCAGAGAUUAUACUUGGAUAUGAUUGAAGAAAUCAGAGCUACAUCACAACUACGCCUGGCCGCGUAUCAACGCAGGACGGCUAAGUAUUACAACAACAAAGUAAAGGCUCACCCCUUCCAAGUUGGGGACCUUGUCCUUAGAAAGAUUGUACUCAACAACAAAGAUCCCCAACAUGGAGUCUUUGGAGCCAAUUGGGAAGGCCCUUACAGAGUCAAGGUCAUAUUAUGGAAGGGCACUUACAGAUUAGAAGACCUAGAUGGAAAACCCGUUCCAAGACCUUGGAACGCGGAGCAUCUGAAGAAAUAUUAUCAGUAGCCGCAGGCUACAUAGACUAGCAGUGACUAAACAUCAUCCCUAGUCUAGGGGAGUGGUAUACAUACGCCCCUCUUUAGGCUAAGGCCCUUGCUAGUCCUUUUAUGUCCCCUUGGAGUUAACAGCUCCUUGGGACGGGUGCGGUUUCGUACUCGAGCGCAUUAGUUAUCAGAUUUACUAUGGGCCAAAGGCCAUGUUAUGAUUCAGUUAUCCUUAAUAAAAGGCCUAGAGCCACUCUUUUCUCCAUACAAAAAUAUGUGUGAGGUAUUCUUAAUAUCAGGCGCGCCCACCAGUUUAUGUGGAAGACGCGCCUCCCCACUGACUAUUUAAUAGGGGUUGCUCGGAGAAUGAUGGCUUAAUAGUCAUGAGUUAUGAAAACAAGAAAAACAUUAUAUUAGACGCGUCCCCAUGGAUGUGUGGAGGCGCGCCCUCCCCUACCAUUCAUAAGACAAAUCACUUGGGGAGUAAUGCGAACAUAACUUUCAUGCAAAGUAAAGCCAAGUUAAAUUAUUACCUGCGAGGACGCCUCUUCCAGAGGACGGCGCAUUGAUCUAUUUAGCAUAGAAUAUAGUCGUCUUUAAAAAUAAAAACGACUAUAUUCAAUAAUAUCCUGAGGGGAAGGGCGCGACCCAAGCGAUAAAGCGGAGGACGCGCCCUCCCAUGUCAAUAAUAUCUUGAGGGGAAGGGCGCGACCCACUCCAUGUUAAAGAGGGUAAUUUAUCUUCCGCUCGGAAAAUGCAGGAGCAUGACUUUCAUCUUUAAGUAAACAUAAGGAAGGACGCGCCCACCCGGGAAAGGCUCGUCCUUCCCCUGCCGUAUCGUUUAUACUAUUAUGAGGGUAUAAACACGAAGGCAUGAAAGAAAGUGAUAAACAAGAGACUGUGCAAAACGCAAUUAGAAGUUUAGGGCGCGCCCCAUAAAACAAAGUAAUUAUUAAUUACAAUCUGCAAGGUUUUACAGAGGGCCUGCUCCUCGAAAUAUCUAAGAAUAAGAGAAUUGUUUAAUACAGGGCUGGAUUGGAUAAUAACAUAAGUUAAGGAUCAGACGCGUCCUCCCCCUGAUGGCCGCCCUCCUGGCGCGCCGUUCCUUCAGCUGCCUCCUUGGCCAGGGUGGCCUCCAGUUCUGCCCUCUUGGCCGCCAUCAGUUCAGGAUGCUCCUCUGGGAACUUAGCCAUGAAAUCGGCUGUAGUCUUCCCAAACUUGGGAAGCCAAUCAUAAUGAGGCUCCCCAGAGAGGAACGUAGCAACAUAGCUACAUACACCCUCGAAGAAGGACGCGCCCUCCACUUUGUCCUUUUCCUCCACCAGACUUUGGUUGGUGGAUUCAAGGGUGGAGUUCGCCUUCUUGAGAUCGGUGAUCUCCUUCUCAAGGCGCGCCUUCUCGGAAGCUAGGCUCUCCUCAGCUGUUUUCUUGGAGCUUUCGGCUGCCUGCAGCGCCUUCUCCUGCUUCUUAGCCUCUUUCUUCAAGUUGGAGACCUCCUUCUCCAAGUUUGAAAGGCGCGUCUCCUGAGCCACUUUGGCAUUUUCCCGAUCCAUGUUGUGGACCAACAUCUCACAACUAGCCUUAAGGAUCCAUGCGUCCUUGUCAGCUUCAGGUUUGGCGCGCCACGCCCUUAGUUCGUCAUCAGAGGCGAUGGACGCGCCUAUCUCGCCCAAGGCCCUAGCUGAGAGGCUAGUGGAGGAUUGCUGCCUCUUCAACACUCUUUGUUUUUUCGGGGCUCUAGAGUCCUCCAAUGCAGGAUUGGCCUUGUCACCCUGCUUUUGAGUGUCAAGGGGGGGCGCGCCCCGUUUUGAUCCUGAGGGUUGAGAGGACGCGCCCUCCCCAGUGUUGAGCUUUGUCCGGUUGAAGAAAGCAGGAACGUUUGUCAUAUCUGCCAAGCAAUGAUAAAGACAUGUCAGUCACAUACAUAAAUUGAUAAACCAAAGAUAUGGAUAUAAGAUGUGUUUCAGAAGUAAACAAGU